ACACUUUUAAGUGCUUGGGCCCUGGUUGGUUAGGAUUCAAGAUACUCUGCUUGCGAGUAAAAUGGGUGGUCAUUAUGAGGUGAAACGCUAAAAACGCUGGAGUUUUCAAACCCAUUACCCCUCAACCCGAUUGCUAGGUUUGGCGCCGCCUGGUGGUUAAAGAGGAGGGAACAGAGUGAGGGUAAGAGAGGAGAGAGUGGAGGCACACGCAGGGCUCAGAGCAUGUCACCUCCUGUCGCUACAGCUCACUGUGGGAAAUGCUGUCGACCUUUCAGGCUGUAGACAUGAACGCAGAGGACUUUCUCCACUCGUCCGUCUUCUCUGCUCAACCCGGAGCUUCGCUGAAGUGAAGCGGCACAGAGUGUUUUCUGACUCUGGAGAGAGGGGGGAAAGCGAGCUGGUCUUUGCGGGGAAUUUCUGAAACAACUUGGCAGAGAAGUCGCUUGUUGUUGCUGCUGCUGCUGCUGGAGGAGGUUGUGUGUCGGUCUGUUCGGAGCAGCUUGCAGAGGAGGAAAAGUGUGAAACAAGUGUGAGGAACAGAGCAACAGAUGUUUAAGGUGGAUAUGCGGCCGGCUGAGGAAUGAGAGCUGCUGCAGCGAGGCACCGGCGGCCCUUCCAGCGGUUCUGCUGCUGUGGAGUCGGGCUGCUUGCUGUCAUUUGGCUCACUCAGGUCAUCCAGGCACCAGGUGAGACCUUAAUAUAGAUUUCAAAGGCUGUGCGCGCCUGCACGCCCGCGUGCGUUCAGGCACAGUCAUUAUAGUCAUAUGGAUACUUUAUGAAAAUCUAGGACCAAAUACGAUAACGAGGAUUUUAUAGACAAGACAAAUCACAGUUCAACAAACAUGCACAUAAGAGAGACAGAGCAGAGAUUGGAUGAAAUUGUUUUUAGAGACAAUGCAAGUCAAUGUAUUUAUAAUAGACGUUUUAAAAUGGAUGUAUUGCAGAGUUUAUAGCUUUUGUGUGUUUUAAAUUAUUCCUAGUUUGGUGUUUGUUUAAAAAUACAAUACGUCCAAUACAGAAGAAGCAUAUGUAACUAUGAAUAUUAGGACAACAAUAAAAAUAUAUAAAUGACAGGAACUAUACAUCAAUUCAAACAUUUAAAAUACAUAAAGCCAACAUUUGAAUUUGUUGUAAGAGAUUUUACAUGAAGGAUUCAUUUGAUUUCUGCAGGUUCCAGAGGGAAAAACCUCUUAUGAAGGAAGCUGAUUGUCAAAAUAUAGACCUACAAUGUUGUAUGUUUCAGUUUCCAUUUACCGUGCUUCGUACUCUGUUAGUGUCCUCUGUCCUUAUACAUACCUGAAAUAAGUGUGUAACUCACAAAUGCAAAUUAUGGGUUCAGAUAACACAAUUAGAUAGCUACUGAUUCUCAAGUGAGGUUUUUAAGAGUAAAAUGUAUUUAGGAAAGAUUAUAGAGUUGACUGAUAUUUCAUUUUGUGUUUAUUACGUGAAAUUCCCCCCUUUUUUGGAGAUCGAAACAGAGUGGGUUGAGGCUAUAUAGCUUACAUGUACCUACCCUCAUUCCUUCCUAUUUGUUAACCCUUUACAUAUCUUUAGAAAUUCUGAUGUUGCCAAAAAGUAACCAAAGCUCCAAAGUCUAACAUCAAAACUAUGAUGGAAUAAUAAAUGUGAUGGACAAUCCAUUCCUUUUUAAUUUGGAGCAAAGCUAAGAUCUACUUCCUGUCUGAUCAAUAGAAACAUGAAUAAGAUGUAAAGGGGUCCAGAUGUUAUAAUGGACAUGUUGCAUUCUUAAUCAUAAUGUCUACAUGCAAGAGUAAAGUUGAAAUGAUGACUACCUAAGAAUACAAUUACAAGAGACAAAGGCUUUCCUUGGAUGUCACAAACAUGAUAUCUGCAUGUCAUACAGCUGCAGCUCUGUUUGAAAUACUUAAAUCUUAGUUUGAUAUUCUGCUACAUCUGUCCUCCUGUUCACACUGCAGGAAGUUGACGGUUUGGUGAUUACAUAAAGCAGACACAAGUUUCAAGCAGCAGGAAUAAAUCAAGUCAUCUGGGAUAUGUUCAUUUGAAGGGAUUUCUCAAUUCAGCAGGCAUGCAAAGAGUAUUUGGUCUUCAUCUGAGAGAAUGACAUCUUGGGCAUUCAUUUUUGUAGAUGCAUGAAUUUAUCCUGUAUUAGACCUCAUAGCAGAUCAAACCUGAAAACCUUGACACUAAUAGUACAAUGCCUCCAUAAAGGUUUGGAGGGUUUUUAUUUAAUUUCACUUCAGGUGCACAAAGACACCCAACUCUCCUAAUUAUCCGAUUCUAAUGGUAAAAAAAAUAAUACAUUCCACCAUUUUCAGCAGCCAAGAUAAGGUUUAUUCUCAUAAACAAGCCUGAGUAAGAUACUGAGCAUCCCGCCUCCCCUUCCAGCUCAUUAUUCUCCCAUCACCUUUGUUUGAGUGGUCACACAUUGUCACACACUCAUGAGCUGCUUCAGCACUAAUCGUGUUUUUUUUCUGCAACCAAGCGUGUGUUUCGAAAGGAGUGUUUUAUUAGGAGUGAAUCAUUUACAUUCGGGUUUCAUAACAUAUGCAGUGUCCUGGAGAAUCGAUCAAUAUUUAUACUUCACCUUUUAAAUUACGAGAGUGCUAUCAAACAUUGUUUAAAGGGAGCCGUCAGCAGCUCAAACUAAAGCCAUAUUAAAGUCAAGCAUGCGACCUGCUGAAUGUAAUGGUGACAGAGAGGUUACAGUCACAAUACACGGUAAAAUGAAACACACACAGUAUCAUCCAGCGGUGAAUCAGUGUACACUGGUUUGUUGAGCAAUCAUUGGAUAGAGUAUUGGGAAAUAACACCAUUACAAUAACAGUCUGCAAGAUGGAAAAUAUGCCCAUGGGAGGCUUGGAAAAAGUAGGCUUUGCAAGACUCAAACAACAAGGCAGUAAAACAGAUAAGCUCACUGCUAAGAAAUGGACCAAAUUUUCCAUGUUUCUAUUUGAGACCUUAAAAGCCAAUGUGUAAUAUCCAUGUUAGCGGUACAUUGUCUGCACAAGCUGUAGAGACUGAUAAAGGCAGACUCAUGUUCAUAUUCAUGUUCAAAAGCACACUGAAUUCCCUUAGGUGUAUAAAAGAUUCAAAAGUUUGGUUUUAUUUUUGUCGUUUUUUAUUAAAAGUAGCUUUGUUUUUAGUGAUUUAUCAGAUUCUGAACCUGCGAUUCAAACUUUCUUGGGCUGUGUGUGGGCAUGGAAACAAACUAGCAUUAAAUUCACUUUUUUGAGUUAAUAUGGCUAAUGUGCUAGGAAACAGUUGCUUUCUUACAUACCAAUCAAACACAAAGCAGCAUUUUAGAGGUUAAUAUUAAAGUCUUAGACUGGAAAACUACAUUAAAAACUAGCUUUAAUGCGACAGAGGUUUGUUUGUGUUUGCACAUUGAUUUUAGAAACUUUGAGGUCGCCACAUGUAGAAUUUGAACAAUUAUAACUUUGGCGCCGUCCAGUGGAAAACCAAAGAUAUGGAUAAGCUGAAAGCAUACUGUGUCUAUAAAGUAACAUUAUCAGAAUUAGAUGCAUAUUGACAUGCUCACACUGUCGUGUUUUCAGUAUUAGCAUCUGAUUAAGAAUUUGUAUCAAGCCAUGGUAAUAAUCCAAACUAGAGGAAACUAUCUAAUUUGAAUCAAAUUCGAAUUUAGUCAGUGCCAUAAAAACUAAAAAGACACAAAGUAGAAGUGAGUGAUGUGAAUCAAAUGUGUAGUCACUGAACCUGUACACAUAAGCUGCUAAUAAUCAAACUUGCAUCAGCUUCACAGGGAUCAAGGAUUUCAUCUUUAGAAAAGUUGUCUGAUUAGAGAGUUGUGAUAUAAUCCUGGUGAGAGUUUUUGCGAUCUUAAAACUGUUUCCUUUCCACUUUCAUGUAUUUAAACAACAGUGGUUUCAGUUUUGUUUUAAGAUCAGAUCAAAUGUCUCUGCUCACUGAAACAUAUCCACAGAUUUGAGACGUAUUGCAGACUGAAUGUGAGUGAACUAAACUGUUAUUUAAGUGAGGCUGUGAUAGUUAAAAUGACAAACAUGUUAUUUUUUAUGAAGUUCUGUAUAAAAAGACUUGGGUUUGGAUGCAGACGUGCUUGCCUGCACUAGGAAAGAGACACUCAUGACCACAGACUGCAGUAUUUCUGUGUGGAGGCAGUGAACCUGUUUGUGGUUAAGACCACAGGAAGCCGGUCUGUCCAGUCAAUGUGAUUGACGGGAUCAGAUGUCUUGUUUCUGCUACAGAUGGAGGCACCAACGGUUUAGGGAAGAGAGACUUCACACUUGAAAUCAUUUCUUCCCUUUAAGAUUUAAAAAUACAAGAAACUGACAGAAGAAGUGACGUCUUUCAGUGUUUGUUCUCAGCAUGUGUUUCAGCAGGAUGAAUUCAUGGGGUUUGACUUUUUCACUGGCUUUAAAACUAUGUUUGAGCAUAUUAAUGAUCUGUGAUGCAGAGCCUCGGCUCAUGACUUCCUUGCAUUGUUGUUCUGAUAUAUUAAAAGAUGAAUUUUGAGUUAUGAUAUUGACACUUCUCUCUGCACUCAUCCAGCUUGUUUGUGUUGAGGAAUGUGGCUGCAGGAUUAGGAUAUUUCCAUACAAACACCAUUUCUCAGAUUUCGUCAGCUGUCACCGCUGAUCCUUCUGUAACCCACCUCCUCUGGAUUUACAUUGUAGACCUUUUCUAUGAGAAAAAUCACUGUAACUGUGAAGUUUGAUUAAAACAACAAGAAUCAUGAUCCAAUUUUCAUGUUCACUAACACAAAGUCUAGUAGCUGUGUCAUGGCUUACCUGAUCUUAUCUAACAUAAAAACCCAGAAAACUUUCAAGAAGUUCAACAAAAAGAAAAAGGGAUGAAUUGCUCUUUGACCAAGUGUGGCUGUUGUUUCGACUCUCAGCUUGCUCAGUUUCUGGAAGCAAGACUGUUUAGUGUUACCUACACAUGAAGCAAACACUCUGGAAGAUUUACAGGCCUGAAAGGAAUCAUUGGCUGGCUUUUGUAAUGGCAACCGUCCUGGAGACGAGUAACAAAUAGAUUAAAUUUACAAGCGCAUGUACAGAGAGUAAGGAUUUGUUGUGGUAUGGCGGUUGAUUAAUGUUAGAAGUUAGCGCUGUAAAGUUCAGGGUAAAGUAUGUACCUUCUUAAACAAUAUAUCACCUUUGUAGAGUAAUGAUUUCUCUUGACGUUAGGUUUACGGCAUCCAGUGCCUCUAGUAGCAGGACUGAUAAGGACAGCUCUCAUGAACAAAUCAGGACAGGUUCCAACAAGCUGGAAACUCCUUCGGUGUUAGAGAGGUGGAUCUUCUUGAGAAUGGAGAUUAAUUCACUUUUGGUGUUUGUUAAAUGUUUCUCUACCUUCAGCUCUUUUAUUUUUAGAGGAUGUAAAAACUAUAUUGUUACUUAUGAAGCAGAUUUUCCCUGUGUAUUUUAGUGCACAAGUAGGAACCCUGAUCUCAAUAUUCUGCUAACAAAUUACAGUCAUAUCUGUCUUUCUAAUUUUUUACCUGGUCGAACAUACUAAAAUGUUCUUGGCUUUUACAAGUAAAAAGCUGGGAUUUAAUAAUGUUAUGUAAUUCAUUUUAUUUAAAAAAAAGUCAGAAUCAGAAGGGGGUUUUAUUGCCAUUGUCGAUGAGCAGGAUUCACAGACUAGGAAUUUGUUUUGGCAUGAUGGUGCAACAAUAAACAGAGAGAAAUAUAAAAUACUAGAUACAGUGAUUGAGAGUCAAGGAUAGAAGCAAAGAGGAGUUUUAGAUUAGCUAAUUAAAUGUGAACGUGAGCGGGUUCAUUUCAAUCAUUGUGAACUGGACUUUGAGCUCAGAUUUAGUUUGAACUUGUACUACACUCGUUAUCAGUUAUGACUAUAACUAGAUGUUUGUGUUGUUUCUGGGUUAUCUUGGAGGAAAUGAACUUUGAGUCUUUCAAAUGUUGUUUAAAAAAGUUACAUAAUAAGCAUGCAUAAUUCAUGUUUCCUCUCAGUAAUGCUACAUGAUGCAGUUUGUAUAUAGUGGAGCUUGCUUCUAGUCUUAGGUGUGAAACUGGUGCAGAGCCGUCUGUUCUGAAACCCUUUUUGAAUUUCCAAUGAGUGAAGCUCCUCUUGAUGCCUCGACAUGAAAGCCUUCACGUCUCCUCUCAGCCAUGAACCGCCGCCCUCAUGAAAUGAGCUCAUUGAGCUGUAAGAUACAAAAGGACACUACAGUGGUUGGCAAUCACCAAAUACAUCAGACACCAAGCUGCCUCUGAAAUAAAAGGACGGUGUGAAGUACAAAGUGUAAUAACCAGCUCACUAUCUUCUCAGCACUUGGUGCAAAGAUCUCAAUGGGUGGUGGAGAAUAUCUAUUUUUCCUCUGAAGUAAAGAUGAGGACACAGAUCACUCGUUGAGAAGUUCUCCUCUGCCGCUGCUGUAGUGAAGCUGUAAAAUCUGAUACCCACACAGAGAUUAGCUCUAGUGCUAUGACAUCCAGAGCUGAAAUAAACACCAUAAAGAUGUGUGAGCCGACGGCUGGGGACAGCUGACAGCAGCACGGACUGUAACACUGAACAAGCUGCUGUCUCUCAGAGAGAGAAACAUGAGGCCACAGUCCUCUGGGUCAAGAAUAACUCAGGAGACAAUUGCUGCAUGAGAAAAAAAGGUGGCAACUAUUCUUGACAGAUUUUCUUAAGACAAGUGAACAUUUUGAAAUCUGAAACCCAGACUAUCUCAGUAAAACAGAUCAUUUCUCUGACAAAUGCCUCUAAUAUCAACGAUGCUGUCACACCCUCUGACAAAGACAGUUGAUCAGGUACAAACAAGCUUUUUAGGACCUGACUUUGGGCUCUUGUGAACUGUGAUUUAUUAAAGUAGGACUGCAACUUACUUUUCCUCAAAAAUAACCAGCAUAUUCAGCCAUCCAAGAUGUCAUAUGUGUAGAAAUCUCAAGCUAGAAGAAACAUUGCUUUCACAAAGAGGUAAAAAGGAAAAGGGGGAGUGCUUGUAUGGUUUCAGCUUUAAAUCCUAUUCACUACACGAAGUGGUGAAAAAUAAUCCACUGGUGAUUAGAAAAAACUGUCUUAAUACAGCAUUUACUCCAAGGUCAAACAUUUAUCUCUGAGGUUUGUGUGUGUGAGAUCUGCUCUGGUAGGUGUAUUUGGUUUUGCCGUACUCUGAUUUAGGCGUUUUUUUUAAUCACAGAGGCAGAGUCAUCUGAGUAUCAGCCAGGCGUGAACGAUGGGAUGCUGCGAUGGACUCGCAGGCUAAUGCAGGAGAAGUCAGACAACGAGAGUCUGGAUCAGCCUCGAGCAGGUGAGUCACUCUUCUCACCUGGGGAGUUUUCCUUUCCUUGAGAUUUUCUUUUCCUUCUGAUACUGUCUGUAACACUCCAACAUCAUUUGAUGUUAAGAUUGAGUAAAAUAUAACAUAUCAGUUCAUAUAUAUAUAUAUAUAUAUAUAUAUAUAUAUAUAUAUAUAUAUAUAUAUUUAUAUAUAUAUGAGCUACAGGAACAUUGCUUUUACUUUCACUUAUCUUGUGAAUUCAAUACCUGACAGAUAGAGAAAAGUAAUAAAAUUGAUGCAAGCUGACAAUAUUGCAAACAUAUUUCUGUACACCCGGUUAUUACCGAUCAUAGACUGUAUAUAGAAUAGACGCUGUCUGCCUCCUCACUGGGUGAAGCCACUCCAAGAACUGCACCCUCUGGUGACGGGCUGCAGUAUAGGUCAUAAAUCCCUCCUCCUUCAGCAAUUCCUAUGGAGCUGUGGACAAACUUUAGAAAUUUAUUAGAAAAUUAUUUUUUUUUCUCCCCCCUGCUUUCAAUGUUGACAUGCAGUUACUGUUAAGCCGCGUUCAGACCAAACGCGACCUGACGCGACUUGGCGACGGCUCCCAAUGCAAAGUCUAUGGCCAGCCGCGACCUGACGCGACUUGGCGACCGCCGGCUGCCUGCGACGCGACCUGACGCGACCUAGCGACCGGUCGCCAAGGCGCGUCCCCGAGGUCGCGUCGCCGAGGUCGCAGGACGCCAAGUCGCGUCGCUCCCAAAGUUCAAAUAUUUGGGAGCGACUCCGUGCCGCGACAGCCAAUCAGGGCUCUGCUGACGUCAACAAACCGGCGAAACAAGGAAGAGGAGAAGAAGAAUCACAAUGGAGGAGCAGUUAAUCACAUCCGUUAGCUACCACCCGGUGCUAUGCGACGUGGGUUGCGGGCUGUACCGGGACCGCAACGCCAAAGAAGAAGCAUCUCAGUUUCGGAGCGCCUGUAUUUCGUGUCCAGGCGGGAGAUGCUGCUUCCCACCCGGGCGAGGAGGUCCUCGAACUGCGCCGUCGACACACGGAAGUACCGCUGGAAGCGGCCGUCAUCCAGGCGGAGUUCCUGGAGCAAGCGGUGAAAUUCACCCAGCUCCGUCCUCCUCCGGAUGGUUUCAUGCACCCAUAAACGCCGGCGGCGUCUACUGCGGAUGUACAGAUAUGCGGCAGCACUGAUGAACUGAAAACUGAGCUAGUGACAUGGAUGACGUCACCGGCGACCAGCCGCGACCUGCGACUGCGGCUUUGGACACGGUGUGAACACACCGGAGAUCCCCGCGACGCGACGUGACCGACCAAAGCGACGCGACGCGACCUGGUCGCGUUUGGUCUGAACGCGGCUUUAGACUGAUUUUUGCUCAAGUCCUCUUUUUUCUGUACAGCUACAUUUGUAAAAGUUAUUAGGAUGUUUAUGUUUUCUAUGAUUUACACUUAUAGUCACUUACGCCCAUAGGCUGUAUGUCACACUUACACAUACAGCCUAUGGGCGUACGAAGGUUGUGUAGCUCACCUGGGGAUACCCUAGCUGCGUCCGAAUUGCCAAGUAGUAGUCGAAGUAGUAGUCGAAGUAUUAUCUAGCAUGUCCGAAUUGGCCACCGGAGCGAGUAGCAUGCUACUUCAGAUACUACUUCAGAUACUAGACACGCCCACAUUGUAGGUUGGUCUCGGUGCAUCCUACGGGCAUGCUACUGACCCAAAAUGCACCACGGGCUUCUUCUUCGUCCUCUUAAAAGUUGUAGAAGCGCAUGUGAUGCUAGCGCCACCAGCUGCUCUGCCUAUUUAAAUGUGUCGCGAACGCCGGCUGGCCACAACAGCGCGCACCAUGUCGCGGGACCGCAGCAGUACAGAUGUAAGUUUCAUGUAACUUCACACACUGUCCUAAAAAAUGUGCGGUUGUAUCUCUUUGUCAUGUCAUGGUGUCAUAUUUGCCCAAGUAAUCAUUUUAUGAGCAAAUAUGUGGCGACAUCAUGGAGGUAAAGCUCACUUAUUCCAUCAUUAAACUGCACAGCUGCAGUACUACAGCCAGGCCCGCAGAUGAGGGGCUUCAGUUACCACUGUCUGCACGGGCGCAGUACCUACUCUCUGCCUGCGGGGGUCGUCUUUCCCCACCGCUCGUCUAGUGUGUCCGAAUUGGGCAAACGUGUUUAGUAUGUAGGAGUAGGAUCUAGCAGUAGCACGUAGCAGUAGCAUGUAGUAUCCGAGCGGGCAGUUCGGACGCAGCACCUGUUUGAGCCGAGCGUCAUCGAAGUGAUUCUCCCGCCAAAUGUGUACAAUGCUACUGCACAACGUUGGUUUUAGGAUAUGGAGAAAAUUUGCAGAAAUACCGAGCGCUUUUCUGCUUUAAAUCCGUAUACUGGUGGAAGGCAGAACCAAGUUGUCCAUAUUAUAUACAGUGUAUGUUACCGAUGUAACCAAAAAUGGAAAUAAUAAACAAUAAUAUAAGUUUUAAGUUGUUGUUGAAAAGAUGUUAAUUAUUUGAAGGAAGGUGGUUUGUAGUUUGUUGAGUAAUAUGGCAGAAAGAUCUACAUGCUGUUUUGUCCACCUCAAUCAUGUACUUGUUAGUAGGCUACACGUAUUGUUUAUCAGUCCGUGUGUUAGAUACAAGGGGUAACACAAAGAAGGCCUCAUGCUCCAGAGAUGUGUGCCUCUCCCCUGCAGGUGAACUAAAAGGUCAUGUGGACUGAGAGUGUGCUUGUCGUCCUCAGGAGUGUGUAGUCAGUGUCAGGCCUGCGCACAGAAAGAUUGAAGGAGAUGUUUGAGAGGAUGCUGCCGGACUGAAAGUGAGAUUAGAUUUGGUAAAUUUGAUUUCUGGGCAUGGCUGCAACCUGAAUAGUUUGAAAGGAUUCAAACUGCUCCUCAUGAAAUUAUAACUGAAACAUGCAGCCGAUCUGCGGCUGUAAUCAGCUCUCGACUGCAGUUCUCAGGCUGAUUAGCUGCAUAGCUGACAUGAGCCGCAUUCAUCACCCCUGACAGUUUUAUUAUUAAAAAUUCAGAUGGACAGGAAAUCUCUUUAUUGUUGUGUGUGGAUAAUAACACAGAGUAGCUAAAACAACAAAUUUCUAUGAUGGAAAAUGAUCUGCCUUAUUGACAGUGCAGUGCUGAUCUGUGGAUCAUUUACAUUUAUCCAGUCGCUGCGCUCAUACCAGGCUGUCUGUUAUUUUGCUUUGUUUUAAGAUAAGAAGAACUUUAUUUAUACCCAAGGGGAAAUCCGUAGCUGAUUUUAUGCUGAUUACAUAAUAACCGUCAGGAGUGUUUUCACAAAAAUGUGAACUGCCUGUUGGAAAUACACCUGAGCAAAGCCUGAAGGGUGCUUCUUAUAGGACACACAUGAUGAAUAAUUCAAAGUUUAUGUCACUGAGUUCAUCUUCUGAUGCUUUUGUUAGGUCUCUGCUGAAUUUUGUGGGCUGACAUUUUGAGGCAGUUCUUACUGUUUACAAACGAGGCUGGUAUUAAAAAAAAGUGAGGGACUGGCAAACAUCAAGUUAUUAAAGCCGUACAGCUUUGGACUAAAGCCAUUUCCCGCAUGUUGUAGUCAUAGUGGUCUGGUUUUUGUUGAUACAGAUGCUGCAGAUGCAUGCUAGUUUAAUCAAUUUGAAGUAUGUACUCUCCUGUAAAUGCUUGUGCUCUGGAAUAUCAUUCAGAAAUUGUUGGUUUUGGCACUUUGCUGUCUUCACAUCCUUUCUUUCAUUUUUCAUUAAGUCCUGAGGCUGAAAACAGGACUCCACACACACAGCUGUUUGUGUUUUUCUUACCGGUAAGACACUUAACCUUUAUCAAGUUCCUGCUUUGCAAACAGAUCUCUCUCAUUAUCUCUGUCAAAGACCCCAACGUAGCGCAGGCUGGAUCCUUCGCCGCAGCUAUACUCUGGAGAUGAGCAGUAGAACAAAGGCUGGACAGGUAGUAUCAGACCCAUCAGUGAGUCCAGGCUCAGGUUGCCGCCCUCUCCCUCAGCAGGCUGCCUGACAGUGAUUGCAUAACCUGUAGUGUGAUUAAAGAGCCGGGCCUGGACCUCGGGGGAUAUUAUCUCGGGGAUUGCACGGUAACAUUCGGCCCCAGGCUCUCUCUUUUCCCCUCUUUUCAUCCUUGCGCUGCUUAACAAGAUGGAGAUGGUGUGACCUGCCUUCGGAGACCGCUGUUGCUAAGCAACUGAAUGCUAAAUUUUGAAACCCAGACAAUUCUGUCCUUCAAACAUUAAAAGUGCAAAGCAAAGGCCUAAAAAUAGCGCCUGAGGAGAGGGGAAAGGGGGUGGUGGGGGGCGAAUGAAUCCAAAUGAUGUAAAUGAGGUAAAAGGCUUAUACUGUGUGUCAUUGUCCAGGCUUGUUGUGUUGUUUAUUUUGGCAGGCGGCAGUCAGCUGAGAAUAGUAUUUUUCCACAGCAGUUUUUUUUUAAUGGUAUUUAUGGGAAAACAUCAAGAAAGAGAAGCUGGCUGUCUGAUUAUGUGACAGAAACCGUCUUGAAAUGGUCUGAGGACUUCUGCCAGGCCGGUCAGAUUGUGGCAGCGACACAAAGCAAACAUGAAGAAAUGUUUAAGAAAAUUUUGAGCCUAGCAUACAGUUGGAUCCUGCUUUCUCCUUUUUAACUCCUGUCUACUAAAGUGAUGCCACAGAAAGGGAAUCAAAGGCAGAGGUGAAUGCUGAGUGUCAUUAAAAAGAGGAUAUUUCCACUCACUCGACAUUGAAACCCUCCCACGUCAAUGAAGACAAAGUUUCUGAAGAUCAUGAUGGACAGGUACAGAAGACAACACGACACCCUGAGAAGCUAUAUCCGUCACUUCUGCAUGGUGCAACUACAUGAUGUUUGGUGUUUUUAUUGAUAGGGGAGCAGUUUGAAGCCCUGCUGUCAUUUCAUUAGCCGUGUAUUCAAAGUGCCUCAAAGGAAAGCAAAAUCAAAGAACAAAUGCAUAAUUGAAUUCACAUUACACACCUGGAUGAAAUAUUUAAAUUUUCAUUCCUCAUUAAAAAUUCAGGCUUGUUGCAGAGAUGUGAAUGUGUGUGUGUGUGUGUGGUGUGUGUGUGUGUGUGUGCACGCCCAACCCCUCAGUACUGGUUUGGUUGAAGCAUGAUACAGCUUUGCUCUGCUUGCCAGUCGAUACCGUAGCUUGACUCUAGGACACCCUGCAGACUAUCAGGUCGAUAGCAUUUUUCUGCACCGCCCUCUACUCCUUCAUUGAGCCACACUGAAGCCCCCCCUGCAGCAGAUUGACUCUCAGAGCUCAGCUCUUUGUGCAGGUUCCACUUCUACUGCCUUCUGAAAGAGUCGGUGCUCAGCUUUGACCUCAAACUACUGCAGCGCAGGAUUAUUGAACUGGAAUCAGAUAAAAUACACAUAAGAACGAUCCGUCAGCUUUAUUCUGUGAAAGGCUCAGCAACCCUGACUUCUAAAAACAGUGCACCUAUUAAACUAAUAUCAUCCCUUCAUUUGCUACAUCUCACUUCCUGUCUAAUGGCAAAACCCAAAUAACAGCAGCUCCAACAGGUUAAUGUCUUAUUGUGGUUUUUAAGGAGGAAACAGAGUUGUAUAACUGCUGUAAAUGUUGAAGUGGACUCCACUAAGAGCUAAUAAAGUUUUACACAGCCAACAUUCAGUGUGUUAAACCUAAAAGCAGAUGCAUUAGGGUAGAUUUACUUGGUGCUUCUUGGCAAACAGUGUCCAUCUGAACAUAUGCCUCCUGGCUUUAAUAGCUGUGUGAAGUUAAUAAAAAGUUAUUUUAGGUCCUCAGUGAGUUUGCACUUUCUCUUUUUUAUACUAGUCUCUGCCUGACAAAGUGCAAAACAGCAAGAGAAAAACUGUUGUUUCUUCCAAUUUAAGUAUAAAUCUAAUUUAUUAGAUAUUAAAAAGAGGGAACAAUAAUUCAAACAUUAGCAGGAGGAAGAUGGGAAAAAGGACCAGUAAAUUUAUGAUGCACCAGAAAAUAUAAGCAGAACAAACAAAUGAUGACUCCUUGUUAAUAUUCCCAUAUAAGAUGUAUUAUCUUUCCCUUUUGUGACACAUUCCUGUUUCCAAUUUUCACCCUUUACAUUUAAAAGUAAUUUUACUGAUGGAAACCUUUUGCAAAGAUGAGAUAAUUUACCAUGAAAGUAGUCCUUGUUUAUAUUUUCCACCAAGUGUAAUCAAGUGUAUGACACAAUUUAAUGUUAAAAAAAAGCAGGGUGUAAUUUUUUAGAUUUUUAUUUUUUGAAAACUUGAUUCAAACAGUGCAAAAUCAGUAAAAAAGUACGUCUUUAUUCACAGAAAGCUCCAAGAUCGACACUGAAUGAAAUUUUCUUACCCCAGAUUUAAUGAUACUCUACAUAUUUUGGUUCUGUGUUACUAUUAAUCUAAGAAGCUGUAAUAUUGCAGACAAAGAUCCUCCUUAUAUUACUAUGGCUCAUUUGAAAAUAAAACAUGAUUUAGGAUAAGACUAUGAUUGUGUGUUUUAAUAUCACGGCGUAAAAGUUUUGGUAAAGCAUGUAAAGCCCAUCCAGCAGCCUCAGUAAAGCAGUCCUCUCUGCCUCUGUGUGCCUCUGUGUCGCUCUCCCCCCUCCCUCCCUCGCUCUCAGAGCUCUCCUGAGGUUUGUGAGGGAAAAUAAAUAUUUUUAGACAUUGAGCUCCAGAGCUGCUGUCACUUUCCUCUUUUUUUAUCUUUCAUAAACCCCCUACCAUGGGAAAGACUUAUUCACCUCCCCCCUUUCUCACUGUUCAUGUACUCGCCCAGCCUUUAGACUUCUUACUGCCAUGAAAAAAAAAGGCCCCCAGGGAGAGGGUUUCCAUAGCAACUACCUUCACCAGAGCAACUCCUCCAAGCAUCCAUCUGAGUCUACAUGUCACCGCCUGGCGUUUUCCAGCGCCAGAAUAACCUGAGAGCACAUGUUUGAGGCUAGAAAAGGAGAGUGAAAGACUCCUAUAGGUUGGAGAGGAGAAAGGUGAGAAUAAAAUCACGGGGAGCACAGAUGUCCAGCAGCUGAUAAGCCUGACAGACACACAUGCUGCAGCCUCACAUUAGGGCUCCAUCUUUGGAGCGCUGAGAUGACAAGUUUAUAUGCUAAGCUGUUUGGAUGAGCUCUGUGUUGCAGAAACAAAUGGCUUGUAAAAAAGCAGGGUGUUGUCCUCGCAUGAUUUAAACUGAGUUACUUUAUUUAUCUCAGUUUUGAAAUAAUACAACAGUUUAUUAAUCAACUAAGUUUCUUUUUCUUUUUCUUCAGAUUUUUGAUGCUUCACAAACAAAAAAUCACAGCUUAUUUCAUGUCCUUUAAGAAAACUGAUAAGAUUGAUCCCGUCUGAAGCUCCAAGUUAUUUUUCUCUUGGUUUGAUCAUCCUGUCUUUUUUCUCAAUUAGACUGUGAGCCUUUUUUGUUGUGUUUUAGAUGUGCUUGGUAUAAGAUUCUUUUUUUAAACAAAAUUUAAAAAAGAAAGAAAAUCAGUUCAAACCGGUCUUCAAUGAGAAAAACAACAAACUAACUCUUACGCCUUGAAGCCAAAGCACAAGAAUCAAUCACUGCAAGCAUCCCGACAAUCCAGCAUUUUGGCAAAGACGCACUGUGUUGCUCUCUGGCAUGGACACAAACGUGUAAACACCACUGCACAAACAUUUACGUUUUCUAACAGGACAUCUCCCCUCCUCCUCCUCCUCCUCCUCCUCCUCCUCCUCUUCUCUAGCACCACGCUGUCUGGAGGAUCUCAUCUCAAACCACAUGAGAGGUCCUCUCUUAAUCCAUACAGUCUGGUGUUCAGUUUCCAUGCAGCAGUGGUACAGCGUGCACAGCGCCGGCUACGCUCAUUGUGUGCAUGUCGACCCACUGUUGUCUCACACAGCAGAAGAGCUAUUUAUAGCUCCAAGCUCCCCAGUAGUUUGAAUUCAUCCAGCUCGGCACAGAGUUGUAAAUUGGAAAUGUACCCCACUCUCCAGGAUCUCUGAUGUAACGUCAGGGGAGUAGAAGGAGGCUGCUGCGUCAUUAACAGUGUUUUUUUUUUUUAUCUUAUACACUCAAGGAAAGACAGGAAGCAGCUGCCAGUUUCGCUUCAAACUCACUUCCUGUCUCAGUUUUCAGUGCUUCUCCAACAAGUGUGUCAACAUGAUGUUAUUGUUUUUUUUUUAGAGUCUAAAAGAAAUCGUUUCAAAGAGAAGACACAUGGGAAUACACUUAAAUUAAACCUUUAUGUUUAUAUUUUUAUUUAAUAGACUUGGAAACUAACUGACUUAAUUUCUUCGUGCACUUUUAAAUCCAAACUGAGAGUUAUUGAGGCCAAUUGCACAAUAUGUGCUUGUUUCUCAUAAUGUGUUUAAGUUCUGUGUCUUAUUUAUGUCAAUAUCUAACUGUAGUUUGUGUUUGCUGCCUCUUGGCCAGGACUCACUUAAUCUCAAUGGUGAUAUUUCCUGGUUAAAUAAAGGUUAAGUAAAAAUAAAAUAAAAAAUCCUUAUGUUUGAUUUCAAAUGUCUUGAUGUACAUUAAUACCAUUGCCAAGACUGUACAUUUAAAGGAUGAAGAAGGAUAUGAAAAAUAAUAUGUAACAUACUCCCCUUAUCUGAUACCCUGUAUCAUUGUGUAUAUUUUUACUGGCAAUUACUAACUUCAUGCCCGACAGUAUGUCUGUUAAAUAAUGACAUGUUUCAUUUUGCAACACGCUCAUCUCUUGUGUCUUUCUGCAGCCAUCCAUGAGUUUCCAGAGGACAUCUUCACCAAGGAGCAGAGGAAGAAAGGAGCUGUGUUACUGCACGCACUCUGUGUGAGUGUUUCACACACAACCAUCUGAAAGUCACUUUAUUUAUAUCCUUGGCACUUCAAAGUGAGAUCUGACAGCAUUAUAAUAAAAAUACUAAACAGACCCUCAGAUAUUUACUUGAGAAAAUGUUCAGGUUUCUUGUCUCUCCUAUGAGCUCCUCUCCUCUCUUCUCUCCAGGCCAUUUACAUGUUCUACGCCCUGGCCAUCGUUUGUGACGACUACUUUGUCCCCUCCCUUGAGAAAAUAUCUGAGGUGAGGAAACAUGACAAAAUGACUCCAGAUAGCUUUUUUUUUAAAGUGGGAAUAAUAUGUGACAGUUCUUCUUAUUAUCAUUGUUAUUCAGAACCUGCAGCUCAGUGAAGAUGUGGCUGGAGCGACCUUCAUGGCAGCGGGGAGCUCUGCUCCAGAGCUCUUCACCUCUCUCAUUGGUUAGUGACUCAGCAGAUCAAGACUAAGUACAUUUUGAGAAAAAAAAAUCAAAUCGUAAGACUCACUUAUUUCAGAUUUAUUUAGGAACUCCAGUUUGUCCCUGCAGUGCCACAGUCAUCCAGGAGGUGUCAGCAGUGUGAUUUUUAAUCUUUAAACUUUUAAGGUGACAGAUUACAAAAUGCCUGACAGUUUAAACCAGAUAUCAAAUCAAAUAAUCUCAACAAGGCAAGACAGCAGCUAUAAGACAGGUCUUAUGAUAAAAGCAGAUCAGUCAGAAGGUUAGAUGCUUCAAUAAUAAAAGGUGAAGGAGACAAAAACAACUCAGCCAAGGCUCAAGGAAAAGCCAAAUGAUACCAGUGAGUUUUAGGUGGAGAUUUAAAAGAGGACACUGAGUUUGUCUGCGGGGGUAACACAGCUUAGAGCAGGAACUGCAAAGAUGUGUGAAUUUUUCUGUUAUGAGUGAGAGGAGCCAGGAGAUCUUCAGGAUUUAAUCUAAUCAUUAAAAAAUCAAAACCAGAUGCCUACUGCCCUCAUUUGCUUCCUUCUCUGCUGCUACAGGUGUCUUCAUUACUAAAGGAGACGUUGGAGUCGGUACCAUCGUGGGCUCAGCUGUCUUUAACAUCCUGGUCAUCAUUGGCCUGAGUGGGAUCUUUGCCGGACAGGUAAGAACAACUAUUGGCAGGUUGUUCCUGAAUGAUCCGACACUGACGUUUCUCUUUUCAUUGCAGACAGUCGUUCUGACCUGGUGGUCCCUUUUCAGAGACUCCUCCUACUACAUCCUCUCUGUGCUGGCUCUCAUCAUAGUGAGAUGAGCUUUUCAUUAUAUCAAUCAGCAUGAUUUUUGUUCAACUUUCAAACUUCUACAUGGUUUGUUGAAGAAUCUACAUUUCCUCUCUUUAGGUUAUCUAUGAUGCCAGAGUUGUCUGGUGAGUACACUGACCUUUACAAAGUUUUUUUGUGCCUGUUCUUUAAGAGAAAAAAGUGAUGAUGAUUAAAACAAGAAGAUAUCACAGACUUCUAACUGUGCAAGCUGUGCUCUACUUUGUAUUCAUCCUGAAACAUAUCAGAAUUAUCUCUUUGUUGACUGAUUGGAGUCAAUAAUCUCUGCCAUUUGGCUGUUAUUGCAAUCACGAAGAGGAAGGUGUCAACAAGUUGAACAAUCAGUGAGUGUGUAAUCAAUUGCUCUCCUGAUUUAUGCUCCAUAAUUAAAAAAAAAAACAACUGAAUAUGUGGCUCCCUGUAGAUAUUUAUGAUAGCUGUGUCAGCAGAGGGUAUGAGGAUCACUUCAGUUCAGAAUCUGUCUGGAAAUGAGUCGUAUUUCAUUAAUGUGAAGGAGGCUCUUACAUUCAUUUGAAAACAUUUGUUCAGGUUAUUUCUUUUGUGCUCUUUUCUGCUGAAUAAUCUGAAUGUUUUCAACUUGAUCCACCUUUUACGUUUUUGUAGUUUUUAUUUUUUUUAAACAUAUCUUUAUUUUUUUUUUGUGUGUUCAAACAACAGCAACCACAUUAAACACAUGGCAGUAAUGAAAGUAAUAAUGAGAAAAACAAUACAAAUACAAAAGGGGUAAAAAAAGAAUAUCAAAUUAACAAAAUAAAAAGGAAUAAAUUAUAUCAACAAAGUAGUGAAAUAAAAACCUUUUUGUAGUUUGAGGUUUUAAUGAAAGAGUAGAUUUAUUUGUGGAUCUAAUGUCAGCUGUUGCUGAGGAUUCAUCUGUCCUAUAACGCAGCUUCUUAAUUAAACUGAAGAGUGCCAAGUCUCUCUUCAUGUAUUUCACCUUACUGUCCUUCCUCUGAAUGCAGCGUGUCAGAUUUAUGUCUCAGUUCGCUUCAAUUACAGCAAGCUUGGACAGUUUGAGAGACUCGUCUUCACAUGAGCAGUGGCGGCCAGCCUGAGUACGGGCUGAGCAGAACAGCUGCUGAUGAAGUUCAAGUGUUUUAGGAGUACACAGUUGUGUUUAUUGGCUGGCUCUGUUAUCUCGUACAGAGCCCUCGGUGCUGUGUUUGUACUUCACAAGUAUAAAUAUGACUGAGCUCUCCUUCAGCAGUUCACAAACAGGAACAUGUCGCGAUGGCGAGGUUGAAAACAGAAAAAAGGACCUGAAAUGCCGGACAACAAAAAAAAAAGGGGUUAUUCAAAAUGAAGUAGAUAAAAAGCAACAAAAACCUACUUUGAAUGUCCAACAGAAAAACUCCCGAAGGCAAAAACACAAGAGGCAAAAAUCACAAUAAACAAAAAUCACAAGGAGACUCACUGGAGACACAGGCAUACAUGAGGAGGCAUCGACAUACAACAUACAUUUACAAUGAACCGACUAAGAAACAAGGGAAGACAAGGACUAUAUAUUCACACACAGGGAAACGAGCAACGAGAGGCAGGUGAGACACCGAGAUACAGGUGCAGACAAUUACAGGAGGGAAAACUGAGUAAAAGAAGACUAGAAACACAGGGAAUAAACUACUUCAAAAUAAAACAGGAAAAGCUGAAAACUGAUAAAGAAUAAAACACUGAGAACGUGAGGGAACCGGGGUCAGACACAAACUUAAAACUCACAAGACAAGACUAGAGGGGAACAGAAACACGAGGAAAAAUCACAAAGAAAAUAAACUCAAAAGACAAAAAAUCAGAGGAAAACUAAAUACCUGAAUAUAUAUCAUGACAGAACUUCUACAAAGUAAAUUCUAGGUUGGAAACUUUGUUGUGUUUUAUGCUGUAACACAUUUCACUUGUUGCUGUGUAGGUGGGAGGCCUUGUCCCUAAUGACGAUGUAUGUAAUCUACAUUAUAAUCAUGAAGUAAGUUUAUGAAACCAUCCUCAUCACUUCUUCAAAGCCUGGAUAAUUUGUUUAUGCGGAUGUAAGAAAAAAAGUGUGUUUUUGGUCAAAGGUUCAACUCCCAGCUUAUGGUGUUUGUGACCCAUAAACUGAGGAGCUCCAGGCCGUGCUGCCAUGUGUCCGAGGGUCACAGAGACGUCAAGAUGGGAGAGGAUGCUUCUGGCUGCAACACCUCCAUGGUGCUUAUCAACAAAGGUCAGAGGGAAAUAGAAGAGCCUUUGCUUCUGUGCUUCUUUGUGUCUGAACAUUUGUGAAAAGAAAGUAUCAAGUGUGUUUCUGUGUUUUGUCUUUUCACAGGUCAAGUCAACAGCCAGGAGCCUCCUCCGGUCGUCAUGGUGGAUGAGCUCCUCAUCCUCAACCCCCACAAACUGUCCUUCUCUGAGGCCGGCCUGCGCAUCAUGAUCACUCCACACUUCUCCCCCCGCACCAGACUCUCCAUGGCGGGGCGGAUGCUCAUCAGCGAGGUAGAUAACACACACAUGUCACACUUGAUCACACAAUCCUUGAAAACUCUGCUACAAAAUCUUCCUGUUCUUCUUUAACAGAGACAGAGACUGAUCCAGAGUUCCAGGAACCAGCGGGAUGGCGAGGCCAGCUCAGGGUCCCGAGGUGGGCUAGCCAGCAAUAGUCUGAAAAGGUCAGGAUCCUGUAGCCUGGAGAAUGGAGGCAGGGGACAUAGGAUGGGAGACACAGAGUCAGGAGACAAGCCAGGGGCUGAGGCGUGCCAGACAGAGGAAGAGGAGGAUGAUGAAGAUGAGAUUUUUCGUCCUCUGCGCAUACCGGGUGAGCAAGAAGAUUUAACCUGCAAUUGCCUUCAAACCUUUAUGAUUUCUUGCUUGUCUUUUUUUUUUGUUUUCUUUUUGCACUCUAUCAUAUAAAGUGGUAGAUCGUCAUCAAACAAAGAGAGAUUGCAGACUUUUUCUUUUGCUUGAAACCAACAAAUGACUUUAAUAACAUGACCAAAGGUUCUAUGGCAAGAGAAAUAAGGUAUCCCCACCUCGUCCUUUGUAGCAGUGCAAUGAAAGUUUUUUAGUUUAUCUUCAACAAACGUCUGUAAAUUUAUCACAUGCUCACUGACUGACUGGCUGAUUUCCUGGUCUCCACAGGUGGCUGCUGUGCACGAGUGAAGUGGGUGAUCACAUGGCCUCUGGGCCUCCUGCUCUACUGUACUGUGCCUAACUGUAUUCUGCCGCGCUGGCACCGCUGGUUCAUGGUCACCUUUGUGGCAUCUACUCUGUGGAUCGCCAUAUUCUCCUACCUCAUGGUUUGGAUGGUAAGAGAUCCCAAACGUACUCUCUGUGUGCGUCUGUGUUAAUAACUGUACAGCAUGAGCAAGAAUCACUCAUUUAUCAGCUGACUGCUUAACUCUAAUGUUUGUGAUGUUCCAGGUCACCAUCAUCAGUUACACAUUAGACAUCCCAGACUACAUCAUGGGUAUCACCUUCUUGGCGGCAGGAACCAGCGUACCAGACUGUAUGGCAAGUCUGAUUGUGGCUCGACAAGGUGAAAAACUUGAUUCAGAGUCUUGUUCGACAAGUCUUAAGUCUUUCCCUUCUUAAUUCAUGUCUGCAGAUUUUCUCUUAUGCUCUUCAUGUUUCUUUCAGGCAUGGGGGACAUGGCAGUAUCUAACUCUAUAGGCAGCAAUAUCUUUGACAUCCUGCUGGGUUUGGGCUUCCCCUGGGCCUUGCGAACCCUCGUAGUGGACCAUGGAUCCUCAGUACGCUGACACUUUAUCAUUCUGCGAUACCGAUUUCUCUUUCCUAGCAAUACUCCUGAUUUUCUGAUGUCUACUUGAGUGCGAGAUAGUGAUCAAAAUUACUUCUAUCUGCGUUGUUUCCUCUCACAGGUUUCGAUAAACAAUAAAGGUCUGGUGUAUUCUGUUAUCCUGCUGCUAGCUUCUGUCUUUCUGACGGUAAGGAAAGAGAUUUACCAGUUGGAGCCCAUUUUUUUUUGUUGUUUUUGCAAACGUGUUGAAAUGAGUCAGUCAUUCUCCUGUCGGAUUAUUACUUGGGUACUUGCAGGCCAAAUGUAGGAAAACAGAACAGUCAUAGAGAAAGCUGAGAAACAGCCUUAGAGCACAGCCUUUCUCAUGACAGCAGGGCAGAGAGGACACAGAGGACAGUGUGAAUGUGUGACAACAGAAUAGAUGGCAGAUCUACGAAACUAAGUAUGAUAAAAACUCGCCCUGCUGUGCUGUUACUUUUUCAGGGGAGCUGUAGUUUCGUGUUUGCUCACAAGGAAAAGUUUCGGUGUGUUUUAACUUCUACUACAUGUUGCUGUGGAGAUUUACUUAUCUAAGUUUACUUUAGUUACGCCUCGACCCCUGGUUGCCGUUUUCAACAAAAAAAGCUCUAAUUUACAGAUAAAAAUGACCGACUAAGUUCACCUGCUCUCUCUGCUCUCAGGUGAUGAGUGUCCACCUGAACCACUGGAGGCUCGAUCGCCGGCUGGGUCUGGGCCUGAUGUUUCUCUAUGCCAUCUUCCUGCUCUGCUCCAUCCUCUUCGGGCACAUGUGAAGUCUCUUGGUUGAAGUUCAGCCCCAUCACACGACCUGCUGAGUAUCCACCUUUUUUUUUUCACAUUUGGCUUCAAGCCAUGAAGCCAAAAGAAAAAAAAAAAAACAAGGGGACGUUUUCUCAAGUUCCUCAUGAGAGUUUCAGUGCAGCUCUGUUGGAUUCACUGGGAUGCUGCUGUAACACAAACACACUGCGGUCCUUUAUCAAUAGCACUGUUUUUUGUUUUUAACUCUUUUACAGAGUGGUGUUAACUCAGUUUUUCAAAUAUUUAGUAAAUUAGAGAAAUUUAAAGAGACAGCAGAUGGCAGAGACGAGAGGCAACAUCAACAAAUUAUGGUUAUACAGAGGUGUUGUGGUUUUGUUUCCGCUCACAAAUGUUUGGUCAAAAUUAUAAUACAUAUUUUACUGUCCAACAGCUUGGCAUUAUGUUUCCCAUUUGUUGAAUAAGUAAAUAUCUCUGAUAUCUACAACAUCCCUAGAAGUCACAAAUUCCACCUAAACUCAAAAUUAGCUUGUGAAUGAAUAUUUAUUACCGUCUCUUUACAAGUAUCAGAUGUUUUUAUUGAUGUCAAUUUUGAGUGAGUUUUGCCCAAAAGCUGACACACUGCCUUUUACUUAUAAAUUUCCUAUGAAUCACCCAUGUGGUGAGUCUGAAAUACAAGGAGCUGCAUUAGUAGAAGGAAGGAGGAAGACUGAGGUGACAAUUUGAUUCAUUUGUUUCGGUUUUUAAUAUUUUUAAAAGCAGGGUACAGGGAAUUUCAGCUGCUGAUUUUAUCCACUAUUCAGAAAACUAAAACCCUAACGGAGGCUUUGUUUACUUGCAUUUGUACCCUGAGAAUCAGCAGCAGCGUGUGAAGAAAGAUCAACCAUUUUUAGAUGUGGCAGCACUAACAAACGGUGCGAUAUGCACAUACAGGGGGGUAAACAAGUUACAGGUACUAUUUUCAGCGUGGCGGGAGACGUGUGAAAAUGAGACGACCACUACAUGAAAUCUAAGAGGGUUACAACACAGAGAAAACAACAAGAUUGUAGCAGAGACCGGAUAGCGACAAUAUUCUGUUCAUGAGAAUUGGGAAAGUAGAUAAAAGAUUUAAAGAUUUUGUAAAUAUCGAUGUAUUUUUACGGUAUCCUAGUUUUAGCGGCCUUCUUUAACACAAUAAUGUUGUCAACAGUCUGAAGAGUUCAAACACCUUUUUUAAGGGAAAAAGAUGAAGAUAUGUUCCUCAACCUGCCACGUCAGGCUUUAGCCUCUCGUUCAACUACUUUUAUCCUUUGAAUGUACACCCUAGCUGACUUUAGCGUGAGUGUGAAGGUAUUUACAUGCAUUCAAAUGUAGCAGGUGACACUGAACUACAGCAAUGAACCCCUGAACAGAGGGGGAGAUGUUUCAGUAUACUGUAUGUGUGUAUGUGUGCGUGUGUAUAUGUGUGUGUGUGUGUGUGUGUGUGUGUUUGCCAGGAGCCUUUUAGAAUAGAAACACUGAUAUAAAAAUGCACAUUGUUGUGAUUAUAUAUUGACAAUUUUGCCUCACUGCUUCUGAGCAAGUAUUGGUACAGCUAAAUGUACGUACAGAGAUUAAUAUAGUGUUGAAGUAUUCCUAAAGAUCUUAUUAUGUGUAAUCUAAUAUUUAAUGUACUUCUAGGAGUGUCACAAACGUUGAUGACUGAGUGCAGGUUAGUAGUAAUAAUUCUUCUUUAGGUACGACAAUCGAUGUUUAUUUUGUUUUUUUUGUACACUUUAUUAUUAUUUCCUUUUGGUGGAACACGUUCAAACUCUCAGAAAAACCACUCUCACAUACAUUUACUGUAUUUGUAGGUCUGCUUGGCUCCCAUAUCCAUAUAUACCUAACCUCCUCCAUACACUCAUAACAGUCAGAAACAUUGACGCACUUUGGCAAUAUGAUGAAUUUGAACUCAGUCGUCCACCGAAAGGAACAAGCAAUCUGUUUGUCUUGAUUUCAAAUGGCUGUAUAAUUAUGAUCUUUGUCUACAUGACAAACUUUUUACUCUUCGUAAAUGUUCAAAUGACAUAGUUUUACAGAAAUGACUGUCUGACAGAGACUAGUUUUGUGGUGUUUUUGAUACUUUUAGAGGACACUUCAUGUAAAAGUGAAUUCUUGUAACAAGAUGAAUGAAUAGUUUGUCAGACUGUUCAGUGAAAUAUAAAAGCUGUAAUUAUGUGUGUGAUGAGCACUUCUUUGUUAUGAUUUUGAUGGUAGCUGUGUCUUAAAUCUUUUCAGCCCUAAGAUUUUAUCUUCUAUUUAAAUAUUGCUUCAUUGACAACUUAAUUUAUGUUAGAGAUCACAAUAAAAUGAAGCUCAUGUUUACAGUUUCAAAGGACUUUUUAGAGAUAGUUCUUUUAAAGAGGUUUUUCAGAAUGACUAGAAUAUGUCAGUGUCGUGUCAUGGUAGUGUAAAUUAGUUCUCACAUGAAGCUGGCGGGUUUUUCUUUUGCUGUGUUCUUGUUCUGAAUUUCUUUUGUACAGUUCUGUUUGUUCACGUACAACAUUGACAGAGCGCUGUUUCUAAUCAUGAGAAUUAUUUCAGUGAAAACUAAAUUGCCUCAAAAACACUUUUUUUCAGCCUAACUUUAUAAUUUUUCUCUUCUUUAAGUUACAUAGGAUUUGAUAAUAUUUGAUCAUACCUACUGACAUGGCUUUUUCAGAAGUUUUGAUGCAUUUAUCCAUCGUUAGGUGGUGGAUAUACUGUCAAAAUAUCAGGAAAAUAGCUUGAAGUUGAUUCACAGAAUGUUUUGAAGCUGGUCAGUCCUUUUCACUCAGCCGUGUGGAGUCAUUGUUUUAAGCUCAUGUGUUAAAACAAAAGGGUAAUAAUCUCCAUACUCUUGUCACUGCUCUGCAGAGACACAACAGCACCAAACCAAACAGCUGAUCUGCAGUACUCAUGUUUCCACAUUGAAUGUUCUGUUUCUUCUGCUGUGAUGUUGCAGGUAGGAUGUUUUUUAAGUUUGAAAACUUAUUGCGUAGAGAUCUUACGGGGUCAUAGAGGACUACUGUACGGGCCACCAUACUGUUGUCUCCUGAGUCAAAUAAAAAAAAAAAGUGCAAUAACAA